AUGCUUGUCCCUAACAAACAGCUGAGUCUUGGUCGCUCCCACAGUUGGGACACAUUAGGGGGGAAUGAGGGUCAGUGGGACAGGUCUGAGAGCGUCUACGAGCAGCAGGCAAGAGUAGCUGGCCGACGGAGUUCUCUGUCAUACGGAGAGGGAGGAGGGUGGUACGAGCCUCCACCAGGAGUACAGCAUCCUGAACUGGAUUUAAAACGUGACCCAUAUUCCUACCAAGACUCUCUUUACGGACAGGUCUACGCAGAGCGACACGAUCCAAGGGCACUACGAAAGAGCUCUGUCCCUGAUCUAAGCCACUACGACCGUGCAUCCAUGGCUCACCGAGGAUCUAUCCCACAUCCGGACUACUAUUCACAUGACCCGGCCAUGACUCCGCGGCCACCAGAGGGUUUUUAUCGGCCAGAACAGCAGCCUCCACCAGCUCAUCCUCAUCCACUCAGUAGGUCAGGUUCUCGUUAUGGGAUGGCACCGGGGACUCGGGGUGUUUGGGAUCAAACUCAAGGAGGUAGAGCUGGACCGCAAGCCCCUUCAUCACCUUUACCUGCUCCACCUCCUCCGACUGCUCAUGAGCUGAAUCGGGCUUAUAGAGAACCUAGUGCUGUAGCUGCUGCCAAAAUGACAACAGAUGGCCAACAACGCAUUCCCUCGCGCGACCCAUCUCCAGCUCACUAUGGUAUGGAACAUGCGUCUCCUCGCUACGCCAGUGAGCCUCCACCUCUAAGUGGUCAGUCAAUCUAUACUGAUGUGAAUGGCCGCCCACUGGAUCCCCAGCAACAGGCUGCUACUUGUCUAGUAGUAGAUCCUGCCAGUCAAGGUAUGAUAAUGAGGCAAGAAACAGCCUCUCCAUACACUGUCCAACAGCAGCAACAACUACAGCAGCAACAACAGUUACAACAGCAGCAACAAUUACAACAGCAACAACAAUUACAACAGCAGCAACAAUUACAACAGCAGCAGGUACAGCAACAGCAGCUACAGCAACAGCAGCUACAGCAACAACAAAUACAACAGCAACAACUUCAACAGCAACAACUUCAACAGCAACAACUACAACAACAACAGCUUCAACAACAGCUACAACAGCAGCAGAUACAGCAACACCAAAUACAGCAAGAUCAGUUGCAACAGCAGCUUCAACUGCAACAGCAACCCCCCCCUACCAUGCCGGUUGCUGACCCUAACCUGUCUUUGGCAGCUACGCUUCCCGCCCCUACUCCAAUGCAAACAGCAGCAGUGACUGCAGUUGCCACAGUUGCACCUGCACCUGUACCUGCAACUAUACAACCAGCUCCAGCCCCUCCUCCCCCUGUGACUCCACUUCCUGCUCCCCUUCCUGCUCCUCCUCCAACCGCCCCACAGACGCCAUUACCUGCGGACCCCAAGAAGACAGUGGAUCCUGAAUUCCUUGCCCUCUUGCGAAAUGAGGGUCUGUCUGAGAGCACCAUCUCCUCUGUUAUCCAGCAAGGUUUUGACUCCACUAGCAUGCUGGCUGUAAUGGAGGAAAAUGAUGUCCGCACCGUCGCUCCAAACCUUGGUCAAGCUCGUGUGCUGUCUCGUUUGGUGAACAACUGCAAGCGUCCUGUUGAAGCUACGCCAGCCCCCUCCCAACCUCAAACACCCAUGCGAGGCCGCUCUAAUAGCUUCAGCCAUCGCUCAGAUGUCUACCAUCAUCAUCAGCAACCACACCAUCCAACACACCCUCCACAGGCUUUGACUGUGGAUCCACAACUGAUGCCCCCACAGACCCCUGGGGCCAUGCAGACCAUCUCCCCAAGGAUGGGAGAAGCAAUGGGUAGAAGGCCUAGCAGUGCUCCUUCUCAGCACCUCUUGGAGGCCACUGGAGCCUACCCAGGCCAACCACCUCGCUCCCCAGGGCCAUACACUGGAGCUAUUAUGCCUGUCCAACAGAGGCCAAUGUCUGCCUACUCUUCUGGGAUGGCAAUGCCAGGGAUGCCCAUGCAGGGUAUGCAGAUGAUGCCACAGCAGAUGACAGGGUCAAUGCCUGCCAUACCAGGGUCUAUGCAUGCCAUGCCAGGCAUGCCACAGCAAAUGCCUGUGUCCAUGCCAGCUCUACCCCAGCCACCGCAGCAAGUACCGAAAGCAUACUCCACCAACUACACAGUACCCAUGGAGCUGAUGAAGAGGGACAGGAACUUACUGCCAUUGUCACCCAUGCACAGCCCUCACCCAAGUCCUCAGCUGAUACGUAAGGGUGGGGGACCUGCAUCCGACAACGCCCUUGUUCCUAUGGGGCCACCUGGCCCCAGCCAAAGUGCACUGGUUGCUAACCAGAAGCUAAGCCGACGCACGGGUCCACCAGUCAUUGUGUCCACCAUGGCAUCUCCAGAUACAAGUAUUCGGCCCCAGAUUAUGAAUGGGCCUAUGCACCCGCGCCCCCUGGUGGCGCUGCUGGAUGGGCGCGACUGCACUGUAGAGAUGCCCAUCCUCAAAGACCUGGCAACUGUGGCUUUCUGUGAUGCCCAGUCCACACAGGAGAUACAUGAAAAGGUGCUGAAUGAAGCAGUAGGUGCCAUGAUGUACCACACCAUCACCCUGACCAGAGAAGAUCUGGAGAAGUUCAAGGCGCUGCGCAUCAUCAUCCGCAUUGGCAGCGGCUACGACAACAUCGACAUCAAGGCUGCAGGGGAGCUCGGCAUCGCAGUGUGUAAUAUUCCCUCAGCAGCUGUAGAAGAAACAGCAGACUCAACAAUCUGUCACAUCCUCAACUUGUACCGGCGAAACACCUGGCUGUACCAGGCUCUCCGGGAGGGCACGCGGGUCCAGAGCGUAGAGCAGAUCCGUGAGGUGGCAUCUGGGGCAGCCAGGAUCCGAGGAGAAACGUUAGGCCUCAUUGGGUUUGGUCGCUCAGGCCAGGCUGUCGCGAUGCGGGCCAAAGCGUUUGGCUUCAAUGUGAUCUUUUAUGACCCCUACCUGCAGGAUGGCUUGGAGCGUUCGCUUGGCGUCCAGCGAGUCUACACACUGCAGGACCUGCUCUACCAGAGUGACUGUGUGUCCCUGCACUGCAACCUGAACGAACACAACCACCACCUCAUCAACGACUUCACCAUCAAACAGAUGCGUCAAGGUGCUUUCCUGGUGAACUCAGCACGAGGAGGUCUGGUGGACGAGAAAGCCUUGGCUCAGGCCCUUAAAGAAGGCAGGAUACGGGGAGCUGCCUUGGAUGUCCAUGAGUCAGAGCCUUUCAGUUUUUCCCAAGGUCCCCUGAAAGACGCCCCUAACUUGAUCUGCACACCACACACAGCCUGGUACAGCGAGCAGGCUUCUCUGGAGAUGAGAGAGGCCGCUGCCACAGAAAUACGGAGAGCCAUUACUGGCCGGAUUCCUGACAGCCUCCGAAACUGUGUCAACAAAGAGUUCUUCAUCACCUCGGCACCAUGGGGGAUGAUGGAGCAGCAGCAGCCUCAAGUUCACCCUGAGAUCAACGGUGCCGCCUACAGAUUCCCUCCUGGUGUGAUGGGUGUCGCCCCCGGUGGGAUUCCCGGACCUAUGGAGGGGUUGGUUCCUGGGGGAGUGCCCAUCGCCCACACCCUGCCCCCCGGUACCCAUCCAUCACAGGCCAUCUCCCCAAACCAACCCUCCAAACAUGGCGACCCCAUGAGAGAGCACAUGAGCGAGCCAUAGGUCUGCUGUUGUGACUGAGCAGCAAGGACAAGAAAACACUAACAAUGUAAACAAAACAAAAACCUACCAUCAAACCAUCGAAACUUUAUGCUUGACUCCAGCCAUCUGAACCCACCAGCAGCCUGCCUGCGGGGCGACGUUUCACACGUUUCUUUUUGUAUGAAACCACCACGCCCGAGUGAGGACAGUGGAUGUUCAAACACUCAUGAGCUGCCACGCUGAGAUGGGACUGAUCGUCAAACUCUGACUCCUUUCCCUCCAUAUCUGUUUUUGAUCAUUUAUGUUUUUAUCGUUAUUUUCAAGUAUAUUUCUGGGAGAUUCCUCCUGACUCCUGGGACACGUUGCAAUACCACGUGCAGGAUGGAAAUCUGACCCUCCGUCUAUGGUUUAAAGGAAGAACUUGAAGAGAUAGAGACUUCAUCUACUAUUCGUCUAGCCUCCACUUCCUCCUUCUUUAUCAUUUUCACCCAUUCAGCGCAAAAAUAUCUUGUGUUAUUUUUCUAUUUUUCCUCUGUUUAUCCUGUAUUCUGUGUUUCUGUUGCAAGUGAAUAUCUGUUUUUCUGUUCUUCAGUGUGAAAAUGAAUGGAUUACAGUUACGUGUAUGUUUAGCAGACAAGAAUAGAAAGCAUCUGCCUUCUCGCUCAGAAAAAUGGACUUUACCUUAGUUAUUUUCAAAUACUCGUAGUUGGUGGCCCCUGAAUGUAAAGACAAGAUGUGGGGCAGUAAAUGUGGUUCCCAGUGGUUCCCAGGAAAAGUAGUCUUAUGAGGUAAAAAUGACCAAUAUAAACCAAAAAAAGGAAAAAAGAGCAUCUACCAUUUGUGGCUAGGUAAUGUGCAUCAAGUGUUGCCUGGGUUAAAUAUCACUGUUGUUUGUUUUCUGCUGAACUGAGGUACCUACAGUAUUUGGUAAGAUUCCAAAAUGUUAUCCAUUUGCACCCAAAGGACCUACAGUACAUCGCAGCACUAGCUAAAGAGGUAGGAAAAAUAAAAAACAAUAAAUGUCUCAGGAAAAAAUAACCAUCAAAUAUGUCCAAAUCUGAACCAUAAAGAAAAUCAGCCUGGAUUUUUGAUUUUCUUGUCUCCACUUCUCUCUCCAUUGUGCUGUUUUUUUAAUAUAUCAACUGUUUGUUUUUUUGAUGUUCCAGGUUUUCCGUCCUGUUAGAUUUGUAUUUGCCUCGUUAAAAGUUCUUAUAACCAUAGUCUUAUGUGAACGACCCCACCCUCUCUUCCUUCUAGUUUCUUUGUUUUUCUGCUCUAAUGAAAGCCAGCUGUGGCUCUCGGAUGCAUCGGGCCCUCUCCGAACAACAGCAGCCACAUCCAUCCCUCUUAGCCCAGCAAUGUUAGCGAGAGAUGGCUGCCAGCAGAUUGUUUGGUUUUUAGUGUGAGUAUUUGUAUUUGUUUCUUGUACAAGGUGAACAUAUAGCAUACAGUGCAGCUGGAAACUAUAAAUAAAGUUUACUGCUCUGA